GAGGCUAAGUAGCGAUCGGAUUGGUCAGGCGGUGCGCAACCGGAGUAAGCGUGAGGAGCUCCAUGAUCACAGCCAGCCGAGGCUACGGCCAUGUUGUAGCACCCCGUUGAGGGAUGGGACAUAAGCCUUUGGGCUGAAAGAUUUCGCGGAGCCAUGCACAUCGGUCAGUAAAUUUAAAUAGAAGCCGGAUUCAAAGCUCAAGUCUCCUGCUGCAGCUGGCAAAAGCAUAAAAGUCUGUGGUGCUCGGACCGAUGUCGCCUCUCCUCAACAAUCUCGAUGCAGAUCACUGCACUUUAUCAUUCGCGAACUGCAAGCCUGGUCACCGUGCUACACAGCCCUGUCUCAUUGGCUUGGCUGUGGCCUCAAUCGCAUGUACUCGUUUGUCUCCCAACGACACAGUUGAACAGCAGGCCGGUACUUUGUCAUACGGAAACAUUUUCCACCUUGGCAAACUCGCCAAAUGGUCGCCAGCUUAUUGUGAGCAUCUUGUCGACCAAGACUUCGAUUUCGCGAGAUGAUUCUCGCAGUCCAUGUAUAUUAACCUUUAUGGUGACGUAGGUAUAGUGUUUGCAUCUUGGCUCUCCCAUUGCCACGAUCAAAAUGGAUUCGUCAUGCAGGUUUUCUACGAACCCCUCGUCAGCCAACAGCUCGGCAUGCUUGACCCAAGACGUGGGUUUGGGUUAGGAAUGCAUCCCGCUCUGCCGCUCAUAGGUCGCGUGCAGAUGCGACAAGAAGCUUCCUGCAACUGGCGUGCUAGGCAACCUAUCAGGCCAUUCUUUGCCCAGAAGAUAGCUUCGCGAUGAUUUCGAUGCCGAGCAAUCAUGGUGCAACGCGUUGGCUGCUUUCAUUCGUGGCAUAAAUAGGGUCAAUCUUUGCAAGAAGUCGAGGGAGCGACUGUUGACGAGCCUCCUUUAGGUGGCUCCACCCACCUUCAUGAGAAACAGUGUAGUCACGAUUCAGGGCCUCAACUUACCCCGCGAGUGGUUGAGAGAAACCAAGUUGUGCUCAUUGCACAUACAGUAACUGCAGAACAAGCUGCGACGCUGGUCGAGACGAGCAUCAGCGAUGGGCUUGAUGCAGAAGAGGCGGCAAGACGCCUUGCGCAAGAUGGCCCUAACGUCAUUGCGGAGACUGAAGGGCUAUCGGUAUGGCAGAUACUCUUGAGGCAGUUUUCCAACUCUUUGACAGUAGUUCUGAUGAUUACCAUGGCCAUUUCGUAUGGCAUCAAAGAUUACGUCGAAGGCUCAGUCAUCGCCGCCGUCAUUUCUCUCAAUGUGGUAGUGGGCUUCGUUCAGGAUCUACGAGCAGAGCAACAGAUUCAAGCUCUCAAAGCGAUGUCGGCACCGCUCGCCAAAGUCAUUCGAAAUGGUGUGGCAUCGACAAUCAAGUCGGAAAGUCUCGUAGUGGGCGACCUCAUACAGAUCGGGGUUGGUGAUCGGAUUCCGGCGGAUGCCCGAGUUGUAGAGUCUGUUAACCUCGCCAGCGAUGAAUCUGCGCUUACUGGGGAAGCACUUCCACGAUCAAAGAGAGCAGAGCUGGUACUAAGCAAUCUGCCCAAUGGAAAUUGUCUAGAACUAGGCGAUCGAAAGAACAUGGUCUACUCCGGCACUAUCAUCGCGAGCGGCAGAGGCAAAGCCAUUGUCGUGGCUACUGGCUCGCGUUCAGAAUUUGGCAAAACCAGCGGACUUCUGGAUCCGCGCAAGGAGGAAAAGGAGAAACUCGCACAAAUGGGCAUCCUAAGGCGCCUGUGGUUUACCAUCUUUAAUAACAUGAAGACCAUUCUCGGCUUAGACGCCCAAAGUACCCCCUUGGUUAGGUCGCUUUCAAAAUUCGCCCUUCUUCUCUUCACUUUGGCCAUCUUGCUCACAAUCAUCGUAUUUGCCGUCAACAAAUUUGAUGUUCACGAAGAAGUGCUGAUAUACGGAAUUUGCGUCGCGGUUGCCAUAAUCCCGGAGUCUCUGAUAGCCGUGCUCACGAUCACACAGGCAGUGGGUGCCAAAGCUAUGGCUCGUGGAAACGUCUUGGUCCGAAAGAUUACUGCCUUGGAGGCUGUUGGUGGCACUACUCAUAUCUGUUCCGACAAGACGGGUACUCUUACGGGUGGCAAAAUGAUAGCUACUCAAGCAUGGAUCCCGCAGCAACAUCAAGUCGGAAGGCUGAGCGUUGUCGAUGUUGGCAACCCAUUCAACCCAGACUCCGGCAGCGUGCACCGAGAAAAUCUAGAGCUGCCUACGCUAGGAUCAAGAAAUCCCGUGACUAAGUUUCUGAGAACUGUUGCUCUUUGUAACUUGGCGGUUGUGACCCGCGGCAAGACCUCUGCGACCUUGGGAUCUGACGUUGAGUCGGUUGAUACCUCAAAUGGCGAAUGGACUGGUGAUGGUGAGCCCGGCGAGGUUGCUCUGCAAGUUUUGGCUAUGCGCUUUGGUCUUGCUAAGGACACCAUAAUCGCCUACGAGGAACUUACGUUCACUGCAGAAUACCCAUUCUCUUCAAAAGAUAAGCGCAUGACGGUAGUUUACCGUGACAGAAGUGGAACCCAUCAUGCCUUCACUAAGGGCGCAACAGAGGUACUUCUUGAAAAAUCCACCGCGGAUGAUUCAUUGAAAUUACUGGUUCGUACGCAACUAGAGCAGUACGCCUCGCAAGGUCUGCGCAUUAUGACUGUAGCAUAUCGUGCUUUUGGACCUGACAGCACCCAACGUUUCGAGCAAGAAAACCGUGAAGAAAUGGAACAAGAGCUCGAAUUUUUAGGUUUGGUCGGCAUCCAGGAUCCUCCACGUCCAGAAACUGCAGGAGCCGUUCGAAGAGCCCAAAUAGCAGGAAUAAAAGUGCACAUGUUGACUGGAGACCAUCAGAAGACUGCUGAGAGUAUUGCCAAAGCUGUCGGUAUAAUACCGACUGGGCUCAGCGACGCAGCAUAUGAAAAACUCGUCAUGCCAGCUAGCAAGUUUGAUCGAAUGAGUAACGAGGAACUUGACGCGCUUGAACAUCUCCCCUUGGUAGUAGCGAGGUGCAGCCCCGAAACGAAAGUUCGCAUGGUUCAAGCAAUGAAUCGACGUAAGGCAUUCUGUGUCAUGACGGGAGAUGGUGUCAACGAUGCGCCUGCGUUGAAAAGAAGCGACGUUGGCUUUGCAAUGGGUAGAAAUGGGACCGAUGUGGCGAAAGAAGCAUCAGACAUGGUCCUGACAGACGAUAAUUUUGCUUCCAUAGUAAAAGCGGUCGAGGAAGGAAGGAGACUCUUCGACAACAUACAAAAGUUCUUGAUGCACCUGCUAAUCAGCAAUAUUUCCCAGGUGUUUCUCCUGCUUAUCGGCCUGGCGUUUCGUGAUAAAGAGCACAACUCGGUCUUCCCACUGGCCCCUCUUGAGAUCCUCUGGGUGAAUCUCAUCACCUCCAGUUUCCUGGCUAUUGGCCUCGGUCUUGAGCGAGCGCAGCACGAUAUCAUGCUUCGACCGCCUCAUGACCUGAAGAUUGGGGUCUUCACAAGGGAGUUGAUCAUAGACAAGAUGAUGUACGGCACUUUCAUGGGCAGCCUGUGUCUUGCGGCGUUUGCCUCUGUGGCGUAUGGCGCUGGCGCUGGUGAUCUCGGCGAAGACUGUAACAACGGCUGGAACGAGUCCUGUGGAAUUGUCUUUCGAGCUAGGGCAACCACAUAUGCCACGCUAACAUAUCUGCUUCUGGUCACGGCGUGGGAGGUAAAGCACUUCAAGCGCUCGUUGUUCAACAUCGACCCAGUACGUUUCGAAGGGCCAUUCUCAAUAUUCCCCGCUCUUUGGUCAAACCAAUUUCUGUUCUGGGCGGUGGUCGCUGGCUUCGUGCUCGUGUUCCCCAUUAUCUACAUACCGCGACUCAACACAGAAGUGUUCAAGCACACGUCCAUCACGUGGGAAUGGGGCGUCGUCUUCGCUUGCCUCCUGACGUACAUCACACUUGUUGAAAGUUGGAAGGCGAUUAAACGAGCCAAGGGCUGGGGUACACCAUUAUCGAAGGAAGCGAAGAUUGCACGGGCGAGAGAGGCGAAGUCUGAGAUGGGAAUGGACACAAGCACGGGUGGUACCAGUACUCCAAUUUAGGGAAGGUGACUGUUUGACAAAUUGCGAGACGUAUUCUUUCAAGCGCGAGAGACAAAAUUGAUUCUGGCGGAAUUGCGCGUUGUAUUCUUCAGUCAUUCGUUAUGGUGAUCUGCAAUAUAUGGGGGAAAAUGUAUUUGACAUUCAUUUUAGUGCACUAAAAGAAUAUAUCCGACGUUCC